AUGCAUUUGUGUUUAAAGUUUAAUACUGUGAGCGCUAAACUAACGGAUAUAAUUAUUUCAAGAUAUACAGUAGUGAUGUUCCAAGUAACUUCAGUACUACUAAUUCUGCUUCAGUCAAUUACCAGUCGACCAAUCCCUAUAAAUAGCGAAGAAUAUUUGCAUCCGGCAAAAAACAAUGUAGACGGAUUUUACAGUGCUCCGCCGUGCGGAGAAGGACGAUUUCGAGAUCCGCUUGAAAUCUUGGGCGUUAAAUUUCCGGAAUCGAAAAUCAAACAUUUGUGUAAGGCUAACUUGUACAUGUACGCCGAUUCGAUUUCGGACGUAAAUUUUCCGCCAGACGCCGUUAAGCUUUGUGCGUCUGUCUGUAAAUGUUAUCAAGAGUCGAUGUACAUCGGACCAUCAGUAAACGUAACGUUAAUAAACUCCAAUUGCGACUACACCGGUGAUACAAUCAUCGUAGAACAUUCGGCGAACGAAACUCACGCGGCCAGGUGUCCGAACCUGAGCACCACGUGCGUAUGCUCGUACAACGUCCGGUGCAACCACAACACGAGACUAAUGAAAUACACGUUGAUGGCUAACGAACGAGGGUAUCUCAAAGUAAUGGUAGCAGACUGUGGAGCAUCCGCAUGUGUCACUUGA